UUUAAUACCAACUUUCUCAAAUUCUUUCCAUAAAAGAAAUUAAGAAAGUAUCAAAUUAAAUUCAGAAAUGGAGGCAUCAAAGAUAAAUCAAUUUUUUGUUGCUAUGGUGGUGGUCAUGAUGAUGGCAGUAUCAACUGUUUCAGCUGAUGUAGAAGCACCAGCACCAAGUCCUACAUCUGAUGCUACAACUCUCUUUGUGCCAACAAUGAUUGCAUCCUUUGUUGCGCUUGUUUUUGGACUUCUUUUCUAAUUUUAUUAACAAUGAAAUUACAAUUCUUUUGAGGACUUGGUUAUAUAUUUCUCAAUAGUCA